AGUUUGGAAGAUGCCUCGGUACGAUGAUCGUUACGGGAACACUCGUCUUUACGUUGGACACUUAUCAUCCAGAACUCGAACCAGAGACCUUGAACGCCUUUUCAACAGAUACGGAAGAGUGCGAGAUGUGGAUAUGAAGCGGGACUAUGCUUUUGUUGAGUUUAGUGAUCCUCGUGAUGCUGAUGAUGCAAGACAUUACUUGGAUGGACGAGACUUUGAUGGAAGUCGCAUCACUGUGGAGUUUUCAAGAGGGGCACCUCGUGGCUCUCGGGAUUAUGACAGCAGAGGCCCACCUCCUGGAUCUGGUCGCUGCUUUAACUGUGGUGUGGACGGUCAUUGGGCUCGAGACUGCACCGCAGGGGACUGGAAGAACAAGUGUUACCGCUGUGGGGAAAGAGGACACAUUGAGAGAAAUUGCAAGAACAGUCCCAAGAAGCUUAGGAGGAGUGGAAGCUACUCCAGGUCACCAGUAAGAUCACGUUCUCCUCGUCGUAGAAGAAGCCCAAGCCGUAGCAGGAGUCUUAGCCGAAGCCGAAGCUACAGCCGAUCAAGAUCCCCUGUGAAAAGAAGGGAGAGGAGUGUAGAAGAUAGAUCUCGCAGUCCAAAGAGAAUGGAGGACUCUCUAUCUCCAAGAGGCAGAGACCGUAGUCCUAUUAUGGAUGAUGAAGGUAGCCCGAGGAUCAUAGACGGGAGCCCUCCGCCAUCUCCAAAGCUUGAAAAGCAAGACCAUGAUGGUGGUAGCCCUCAAGACAAUGGGAAUGGCAGUCCUGUUGUGGGACGCGACAGCCCGAGGGAGGACAGAAGCCCCGUUGAUGAUGAUUACGAGGCCAACCGUGCUUCCCCUAGAGGAAGCGAGUCUCCUUAACUUUGAUGGCUCAUGGCCUCAGGUCACAGGUGCUCGCAUGUUGUACUAUUUAAUCAGACUGUCCCAGAUAUUUACUUUAUGUAUGCUUGCUUUGGAUCUUCUUGUUGUCAGGAUUUUUUUUUUUAUACAUUUGAGAUGAUGGUUAAACUUGUAUGACAUUUAAUGGUUGGAUUUUCAUUCAGACAAUUUUUGUUGAAAGUAGGGAUUUUCUUCUGUCGUUUCUUCAUGUUUGAAUACUCCACU